GCAAUAACCAAUCUUCAUCAAACUCGUCUAUCACUAUAGAGGUCCCUUAACUCAUACAAAUAGGCCGCAAGGGAGAAGAAGAGAACCGCGAUGGCCCGUGUGAUGCAAAAAAGAGCAACCUCACGAAGAAAGCUUCACAUCCCCCGAUCGCUUUCCACCUCCAAAUCAGUUAGAGGGAGCUCUAUCGUCUUGGGUGCGCUUCUUCUCUACAUUCACAAGCUCAAGCUCAAGUUAGCAGCACUUACAAGAGAUUACUGCACCCUUUACGCAACGAAUAGACAGCUUCUGAAGUAUACACGCUUACUUAAGAGUCAGGUGAGGGUUGAAAAGAUCGGGAAUGUUGCUCGGCCUUCAUUCAGGGUGAGAGUAAUGUGCGAGAAAAGGGGAGGCAGACUGGUUCCAAUCUUGGAGGCCUUCGAGAAGAUGGGUCUUAACAUUAUGCAAGCUAGUGUUUCAUGUGACCGGAUGUUUGCCAUGGAAGCCAUUGCAGUAGCAGCAGCUCAAGAACAGCCACCGGCAGCGACGGCUGUGACUCAAGCUCUCCUGGAAGCUAUAAAGUAAUGAAGGGAACAACAAGGGAACAUUUGAAUAUUGUGCUUAUAAGUCGUGUGUUGUAGUAAUGUACGAUAACCGCAUGCGGGCUGUUUGAUAUCUCUAACCCCGUUGUUCUCAUAUUUCGCCAUUUACCCUUUUCCAUUUUCAUUUGUAAACUAAGAUAUGAUCGUGACAAGAGAGACUUAUGAGCCUGGUCAACCACAGAAGAAGGAAAACUAUUGAAUGAAGCCCCAUAUUAAUGAAAAUCAAGCUCAAAAUACGUGAUCUUAAUUC